AUGGUGGUGGUGGUAAUGUGUGGAUAUGACGAAGAUAACUGUGAUGGUGAUGGUAAUGAUGAUGAUGAUGGUAGUGGUAAUGAUGACGACGGUGAUGAUAACGAUGAUGGCGACGGUGUUCUCGAACCGUCAUCGUCUCGUUGUCAUUCGAUGACCCGUGCACGAGUUCCGUUUGCACAACUGACUCAUCAUGAACUUGUCGCCACAUUGGAAACAGUGAACAUUGGCGUCGAAUCGGGUGUAUGUGAACGUGACACACGAAUAGAAGGCGAUGUUGUCGUUCGGGCUCGCGGACUUCCAUGGCAAGCGUCCGACUGUCAUGUUGCGCAGUUUUUUGCCGGACUCGAAAUCGCACCGGGUGGCAUAGCACUAUGCUUAUCAGCCGAAGGUCGUCGUAACGGUGAAGCUUUAGUUCGAUUUAAGACACCUAAAAUGCGAGAACUAGCACUAAAACGGCAUCGACAUUUCCUAUUGUCAAGGUAUUGGUUCAUUGAUUGGUAG